AUGGGCCGCCCACAUAGGGCGGCCCAUGGGCUGUGCCGAGGUCUAGUGACGACCGACGUAUACACCUACAUUGGAGUAAUUGUCGAGGUUUUGAAUGAGGGGUUCCCUCGCUCAGCGUGGUUGCUGAUCGGAGACAAUGCAACUCGGAGCAUGCGCUCGCGCUUGAAUCUUGCGUGCACCAUGGUUGCAGCCACCACGGCGCAAGGUUUCGUGGUGAUGUUAAUAUUCCUCUCUUAUCCGCAGAGUCUUGCAUCGGCCUUUGUUCCAGCUAAGGUUCGACAAGCCUCUGUCACAUAUGUGCGACUAUCUUCUGUCCAGUUUCUUACCUCAGCCGCGGAAGCUGCCCUAUCAUCAUCAACACGCGCAUUGGACAACCCUGAUGUGCCUUUGAUCAUAAGCUCGAGCAAGUUCAUGGUCAAUAUAGUAUUAGACCUGCUUAUAAUCUCAAGGUUCCAUAUCGGGCACUCAGAGCCAACUGUCGUCAGCCAGGCCAUUAUCAGGCUCGUUUGUGACUGUCUUUCUGCUCUUACGGGCUUGGCAUAUUUCGCAUAUAUUGUCAAAUCCCGCAGGAGGGAAGCAGGGGAUCGUCGCUAUUUUGAAGUAAGCGUCUCAGCACUGAAGACUUUGCUUCGACCAAGCAUAUACACCUUCUUGGAAUCCGCUCUCAGGAACGCAAUCUACCUCUGGAUUGUGCAUGAGAUCGUGCAGCUCGGGGAGGAUUAUGCCACUGCUUGGGGCGUCUUCAAUACUAUCCGCUGGGGCCUAGUAAUGGUCCCUGUAUUAGCACUCGAAACAUCAACUCUUACGUUUAUUGGCCACAAUUGGGGCCAUUUCCGAGCAUCGAAAGAGACAGAGAAUCCAGGGGCAUCUAUCAAGGGGAUUCUAGGAAUCUUGCGACCCGCUCUUAUGUCAUGCUUCAUCGCACUUAUCUUCGAAGUUGUGCUUUUCGCUGCCCUUUCCGUACAUGGUAUCCACGCAUUCGCGUACUACCUGUCUGGCUCAACAAAUGUGGCGACAAUUAGCCAGAGAAUGUGGAAGGCACGUACUUCAAAGGCUUUAGAAAGGCUUUACAAAGGCUGUUACUAA